UUUCCAUGUUAUUGUUUUAUCUUUUUCUGAGAAAUGUGAUUAAUUUCUCUUCUUUAGCAAACAUAAACAUUUAUGCCUAUUGAAUUUGGAGUAAUCGUAAAAAUUGUUUUCAACAAAAAAAGAUAAAGAAUACUGCUUAAUGUUGUUGUGUGCGAAAUCGAAGGGAAUAUUUUAAUUGAUUUGUCAUAUUAUGAGCGAUUGUAAAAUGUUAAAACCAAAGGCUCUUAUGCAGGUUUUAAGCCAAGCAACUACUGGAGGAGUGCAAAAUACUUUAUUACUUAGUAGAGAUGGAGGUCUUCUUGCUUACAGUGGCUAUGGAGAUAAGGAUGCUCGUGUAACUGCUGCAAUUACCAGCAAUAUUUGGUCUGCUUAUGAAAAAAACGGUCGAAAUGCUUUCAAGGAAGAUGAACUACAGUUUGUCUUAAUGGACUGUCAAGAAGGCAGAGUGGUUAUUACAGAAGUAGCAAAUUUAUUACUUUGCUUAUAUGCUAGAGAAAAUGUAGGCUUUGGAUUGUUAAGAGAAAAAGCCCAGGCACUUGCCAGCUAUUUAGAACAUCCAUUAAAAACCAUUGCUAGUAUGCCUUGACUUAUUCAUGCAAAAAAAAAAAACAAACUAUAAAUGACAACUUAAAAUGUUAUAUUAAUACAAUGAUGUCUUUCUUAUAAAUAUAUAUGAAUAUAUUCUUACAUAUUUUUUAUUUA